AUGCUGCCCCUGCUCGCCGCGCUGCUGGCCGCCGCCUGCCCGCUGACGCCGGCGCACGGCGGGGCCACGGGUGCGCCCGGCCUUCCCGGGACGGCCCCAAACGCCUCGGCCAACGCGUCCUUCCCCGGCGAACCCGCUGCCCCGCGUCUGCUGGCCUCGGCGCCCCCGGAGCGCGCGGGCCCAGAGGAGGCUCCGGCGGCGCCCUGCAACAUCAGCGUGCAGCGGCAGAUGCUGAGCUCGCUGCUCGUGCGCUGGGGCCGCCCGCGGGGCUUGCAAUGCGACCUGCUGCUCUUCUCCACCAACGCGCACGGCCGCGCCUUCUUUGCCGCCGCCUUCCACCGCGUCGGGCCGCCCCUGCUCAUCGAGCAUCUGGGGCUGGCGGCCGGCGGCGCGCAGCAGGACCUGCGCCUGUGCGUGGGCUGCGGCUGGGUGCGCGGCCGCCUGCGGGCCCCCGCCGGGGCUCCCACCGCACUGCCUGCUUACCCCGCGGCCGAGCCCGGGCCGCUGUGGCUGCAGGGCGAGCCUCGUCACUUCUGCUGCCUGGACUUCAGCCUAGAGGAGCUGCAGGGUGAGCCGGGCUGGCGGCUGAACCGCAAGCCCAUCGAGUCCACGCUGGUGGCCUGCUUCAUGACCCUGGUCAUCGUGGUGUGGAGCGUGGCCGCCCUCAUCUGGCCGGUGCCCAUCAUCGCCGGCUUCCUGCCCAAUGGCAUGGAGCAGCGCCGGACCACCGCCGGCGCCCCCGCGGCCGCUCCCGCGGCGGUACCCGCAGGGACCACCGCGGCCGCCGCCGCCGCCGCAGCUGCAGCUGCCGCCGCCGCGGCCGUCACCUCGGGGGUGGCUCCCAAGUGA